AUGCCAGGAGAUAAUCAACAACAAAGUGCCUACAAAUAUCGAAAUACCCAUUAUGGAAUUCAUCAUGAUGAGGCUGGGGCUAAUGUUAAAUCAUCUUCACCAAAACAAUGUGAAGAUCUUUUAGCUGAAAAUCUACCAAGAAUUGAUACAGCUCGUUUAGCGAAUGAUCCAUUUUUAGGUACAGUAGCUGGUCGAUUAGCUCAAGAAAUACAUGAUGAAUUUCUUGUUUGUAAAAUAUGCUUCGAUAGUUAUACAAAUCCAAAAUGUCUUGCGUGUUUGCAUACAUUCUGUGCAAAAUGUAUUGAAAAGCAUAUAUCAGCUGAAGUUACUUAUAAUAAGUAUACAGAUUAUCGCGAUUUCACUUGCCCAUUAUGUCGAAAACGUACACAACUUCCAUUAGGUGGUGUUAAACGAUUACCAGAUAAUUUUCUAAUUUCUGGUCUAACUGAUUUAGUACUACGACAAAGAGCAUCAUCGAAUGGUUCAUCAACAGCUACAAUUAUUGGUAGUCCGACUACUUGUAGAAUUAACAAUAGAAUAGAAAAUAGUAGACAAGUAUCAACCACUGUUAACGAAAGUAUUGAUUCAUUACAUCAGUUACCAAAUUUGGAAAGGAAGCAAUUACGUUAUGGAGAAUGUGAAAUUUGUUCACAAGUAAGUCGAAUUGAUAGAGGACAUUCAAGUGAACCAUUGAAUAAAACAAAUUCAUCAGAAAUCAAUAGCCUAACUAAUACUAAUGACAAUUAUAACGGUAGUAGUCAACAACGCGCUAGUUCAGCUUGUUUAAAUAUUUCACCAAAAGCAACAUCGAAAUGUUUAGAUUGUAAUAAACUUCUAUGUGAUGAAUGUGUUCAACGACAUAGAAAUACUAAAGUUACUAAAGAUCAUGCGACAUUUGAGUUACAAUCACAUAGUGAUAUUGAAUGUAAAGAUCAUCCAGGUGAAACUGUACGAUUUUAUUGUGAAGCUUGUUCAAUGUGUAUAUGUGUUCUAUGCACAUUUAAUGCACAUCGUGAACAUGAAGUAACAAGUUUCGGUGAAGCUGUUGCAAAAUUACGACAUGAAAUAAGUAGAAAUUUAGAUACUACAUGUCAACGUAUUGGAAAAGUUCAAUCUCAGUUACAUAACGUCCGAGAUGCUGCUAAUAUUAUACAUAGAAUUGAACAAAGAAUUCAUGAUACUGCAGAACAUUUCAUGGAAGAAAUUCAACGACAAGAACAAGAAUUGAUUAGUGAAUUGCAUCAAUUUGUUGGUGAACGUAAUAUGCAUCAUAUACAAAAUCAACCAGAUCAAGAACAAAAUAUUGAAAUUGCUGAAAGUCUAUUUAAAGAUAUUGCCAAUUCAUUAGAUAAUCAAGAUAUGGAAUUAUUGUUAAUUCGAUCAAAUCUAUAUGAAAAAAUUACUGAAUUAAAUCAUUUAGAAUUAAUUACAGAUAAAUUUGAUGCGAUUAAAUUGGAAAUAUAUUUCCGAACUGGAGCUGUAAAUCUAGGCUAUUUAACAAAUGAAUCAGCAAUGAAUAAUAUACAUCAUCACGCUGACGAUGAUGAUGAUGAAGAUGAUGACGAAAAUUAUGAAGAUUUAUCUAUGCCUCCAGAAUGUAGUUCAUCUUCGACCGGUUCUAAUACAUCGUCAUCCAUAGAAUUGGCUAACAGACCAUGCAUAAAUUCAACAGCUUGUCAAACAGAUAUAAGCUUAACAGACCCAAACGAUCAAUGUAAUUUAACUGUUCAACAGAUUCAACUACCAAAUAAGCAGUGCCGUACACGAGCAUGCAAUACAGAGUUAAUAUCGAUGAUAAAUCAAGAAACAAAUACACGUCCACGUGGUAUUCAUACAAUAAUCACAUUUUCAGAUAUUUCUUCAAAUGCAGCGUCGGAAGAAUUUUUAGCUAAACUUGAUAAAGAAACAAUAAAUUUUGAUGAGAUGGAUAAUCUAACUAGAGCGAGGAUACGUCGUAAACUUCAUGAACGUUUUAAUACAGUUGAUCAGAUAUCAAAUGGUGGUAAUAGUAACGGUAUUUUGUGUAAUGCGCCAUAUACAUCAUUGCAUAUUGGAUCAAAUGGAACAUCGCCAGCCUCAAUAACUCAGCCAACAAAUGUCAAUAACAAUACUACAUAUAAUCAUAACGAUGUUCAUUCAAGACGUUAUAGCUCUUAUGACAAACGUUUUCAUUUUUAAAUACGAUUUCUCUUAUUUGAAAUAUGCAUCCACGUUUCGGUGUUUUAAUGUUUCUUUAUUUAAAGUUUCAUUAAAUUCAUGGACACUUGUAAACAAGUGACAAUAAAUUAUAACCUAGUACACUGUUUUAUGACUAUUUUAUUCUGUACUUAUUACGUUAGGAAAUUAUGAGAUCUUUUUAAAUAUUUGUUUCCAUAACAACUUUAUAGCAAAGAAAUUUAUUCCACA